AUGUGGAAACUCGUCUUGCCAGCCCUUGUCUUCGCAACCAGCGUCCCAGCCCUCGACUGCAACGGCCAUGCCGAGCUCUGCAAUCGGAAGUACAGCAAUAUCUCCUUCAUGGGCGCGCACAACUCGCCCUUCGUCGGCGUAGGGCCCGCGGAUAACCAGCUGGAUCCGGUCGGCACACAACUAGACGGGGGUGUCCGAUUUUUGACGGCGCAGACUCAUGACAAGGACGGCGCGAUACAAUUAUGUCACACAUCGUGUGCUCUUGAGGAUGCUGGAACCCUUGAUGAUUUCCUGGGCACCGUCAAGACGUGGAUGGGCAGAAAUGUGGAUGAGGUUUUGACACUGCUCAUUACGAACGAAGAUGCGAUUGACAUCAACAAAUUUGGGGAUUCCUUCCAGAAGCUGGGGCUCGACGCGUUUGCUUUUACGCCGGAGGGUGAUCUGGCGAUGGAUGACUGGCCUACUUUGGGGACUCUGAUUGCGAGGAGCAAGCGGCUCAUCGUCUUCAUGGACUACAAUAUGAAUACAGCCCAGGUGCCAUACAUCAUGGAUGAGUUCAAGUACUAUUUUGAGACCCCCUUCGACCCGACCGAUCCCGAUUUCCCGCAGUGCGACAUAGAUAGACCGGCAGGUGCAAGUCCAGACGGGCGCAUGUUCAUUGUGAAUCAUAAUCUGAAUUUCGAAAUCUUGCCAGGGGUUCUCAUCCCCGAUCUUACCAGGAUAGAGACCACGAACUCUGUGGGCUCCAUCAUUGCACAGUCGGAUUUAUGCUAUGGCAAAUAUCAGCGCAUGCCGAAUGUAGUUUUGCUUGACUUUGUUGGCUUGGGAGACGCGAUGGGGGCGCAAAAUGUUCUGAACAAAUUUUGA